AUGCCACGCCCCAGCUUCCCCCCAACGCCGCAGCCUUCAACUGAUAUUACCGGCAAGAGCAGCGCAAAUGCUCCCCAGCUAGAGAGCAGCUUCACUCUACCUCCAGCAGCGUUGAGCGGCAGAGGCAGCGUCGCCAGCUCGUCUGGGCCAUCCGAAACCGCUUCAGACUCGUCUUAUCGACCACUUUCACCUGCAUCUCCCGUAGCUACGUCAAAGCCCAGCCAGAGCCGCAAGCGUUCAAGCACGGCCUCACAAAAAGGCAUCAUCACCAAAGAUGACUACUCUCUGCCACCUCCGCCGACGAGGUCGCGCAAGAUCAUACAAAUGAAGCCCAAGGACGUGCAAGAGGCACCCAAAGCACAGCCGGAGAAGCACGAUGCGAAAGCCUCAGCUGAAAAGACUGGGGGAGCCAAGAGGAAGCAGACGGGCAACACAACAGCUGCUGGUCGCAAGAUUGCUCGGAAGACUGCACACAGCUUGAUUGAACGGAGAAGGAGGUCCAAGAUGAAUGAGGAGUUUGGUGUACUCAAGGAUAUGAUCCCCGCGUGCAGGGAUCAGGAAAUGCACAAGUUGGCGAUCCUGCAAGCAUCCAUUGAGUACAUGCGCUACCUCGAGCAAUGCGUUGCCGACCUCAAGACGGCCAACCAGACACGACAUGACUCGCCCUCGUCUGCUACGUCGGAGCUCGCUCCUCCACCACUCAGACGAGCUUCGGACGAAGAGGAAGAGGAAGAGGACGAAGAAGACGAAGACGAGGAGAUGAAGGAUGUGGCAUCACCAACCCACGUGGUCAACACCAUCCCGAAGUCCACCUACCACUUCGCCACCGCAUCGCCCGCCAUAUACCCUUCUGACAGGGGGAGUGUUUACUCACAGUCCACAACCACUUCUCCUGCUAUGUUGCCUCAGGAUCGCAACUACUGUUCUGCCCAUGCUUCACCAGCUCUCCAGCCAUCUGAUCCCCAUCGAUACUCUUUGACCUCUGUAACAUCACUGUCCAUCACAGCUUCACCAGCAUUCAGCGCCCAAGCAUCGCAAACGCCUUCAGCCGCAAUGUUCAGCAACCCUUUCCAUACCGGCCCACCGAGCACCGGGCCCGUCGCCGCCCCAGGCUCAGCACAUGGUGUGGCACCGUUUGCGCUGACCUCACCUGCGCUGGGACCACAAGCAGAUCGCGAAGAUCAGAUCGCUACCGAGGCACUCAUGAUGUUGAACUCGGCGGACCGCAGAAGCUGGACAGGAAGUGGUGUACGAGGUAUGAGCGUCAAAGAUUUGCUAAGCGGGUAG